AGGAAGUUGAGCUGCUUGUUUUCUUUGAAGGUUUCCCUUGCCCACCUGCUUUUCCUCCCCACUUGCUCUGCCCCUCAUAAGAGCAUCCUGGUCCUAGUCUGCUCUCCCAUUUGCUUGACUUCAUUCAGACUAGGAUAGAAAGCAGCGUCUCCAGUCUUCAUUUGGACCUUGGACAGCUUUUCAUUGCAGCAGGACAAAGCAUUUGCUAAUACACCAUGGACAUGACUGAGACCAAGGCUAACAGUGUGUUCAGGGCUGGUCCACCAAACAACCCAAACAUCAUGCAGAUGGGACAUGUUGUGUACAUGUCCUCUCAGACCAGUAAGAAGAAGGUCUCAGGGCAGAGUGAAGCAUAUGGGUCCAUGCAGAUCAUCGUUGCUUUUGUCCACAUUGGCCUUGGAGGCAUCUUGUUGUACUCUGCAAAGGAUUUUGCCCCAUUGAUCAUGACUUACGGGUACCCGUUCUGGGGCAGAGGGCUGGCAGUCAGUAGCCAUAUAUUCAACACCUUCAGUAUCCUUGCUGCAUUAGCUGGUGGAAUACUCUUGGGAAUUGAUUUGUUUACAAUUUCCAUCCUAAACAUGCGGCAGCUUUCCAUCCCGCUUCUGGAAAAAAUUGGUUUACCAUCCAGCUAUUUCUUAGCUGUGCGCUGCGAAGAUGGCCUCAUCCCUCUGGAUUACUGUCGGGCCCUCAGAUCUUAUGAGACGGGGAUGUUGGCCUUGAUGUUGAUCAUCACUGUAUUCCAGAUAAUUUUUUCCUCAAAUACUUUCCGCUCUAAGUCGGGCAAGAAUAAGGUUGCAGGAGAUCUCAAUUCAGAGAAAGUGCAAGAGUUUUCCUUGAUGCCGACAGCAUAUCAAUGAAAACAGGUCCCUCUGAGCCACAACUCACCACAAUCAGCUACCACUAUACAUCCAAGGACAAACUCUAAACAGCUUCUAUUAAUCAAGAGCACAUGUCCCUACUGGAGAGAUUUCCUUCAGUCCCGUUCUCCUCCCAGUCACAGAUGGGAUUCCUCCCUCAUUGUCUGUCAUAUCCGUCCCAGGUGCUGUUUCCAUGUUAAACAGAAAGCAAGAUUGAUAAUGACAAGGAGAGGCACUCGCUAGCUUUAUCCACCCCCUUGAAAAAUGCCUCCUGAGCAUCUCUCAUGCCUGCUUCCUCAAUAGGAGGUUAGAAAUGGAUCUUGACUUUUCAUUUUGCUUGAUAUGAGUGUACUAGGAAAGACAGGAGUUUACCUUGCAAGCUACAAAUGAGCUGGUUUCCCUGAUCACUUUGCAGACUUUGAAAGCUAUCAUGAUUCUUUGCUGAGAUGGCAUAAGGUAUGUUCUGCAUUGUGUUCCCAGUACAUAUUGUGUUUCCAGUAAUGAUCAUGGAGAGAUUUUAUAGCAGAGACAAUAAAUGUAUCAAAUGCUUUUUUCCCCAUUGCUUAUACAUUUUAGGGUGAUUUAUGCAAGGCAGGUUUUUGUUUUUAUAUCUGCAUGACAAAGUGGUUCACCUCCAUCUGCGAGUGAUAAAUAUACAUUCCCUAUUUAUAAAACGA